UGGUUUUUGUGCCGCCUGUAUUCGUUGCCACCAACGUCAGCUUGAAAUUAACACUAACCAAAAUCCAGAGUGGUCAAUCCCUUUCUCUUCUUCUGAUAAAAGAAACUACUUUCCAAAAUCACUCUCUCAAAAUCAAAACCAAUUUUGAAUCUCUUUAGAAAUGGCCAACUCUCUGUGUUUCACACAUCUCACUGCCUUCCAGUUCCAGCCCACUAAUAAACCAGGGCUAAUAAUUAACAACCCAACUGCUGGAAAGGUUCUUUGGAUCAAUAGUAUAUCUCACAACAGUCAAAAUGCUAAAUUUCAUUCGUUGGAGGCUAAGGCUACAGGUAGCAACCAAGGCACCGAACCAAAUAGCCUAGUUUGUGCUAAUUGUGAUGGAAAUGGUGCCGUAGUUUGUUCACAAUGCAAAGGUAAUGGAGUUAACUCUGUAGAUCACUUCAACGGACAGUUUAAAGCCGGUGGAUUAUGUUGGCUUUGCAGAGGUAAAAAAGAUAUUUUAUGUGGGGAUUGUAACGGAGCUGGUUUCCUUGGUGGAUUCAUGAGCACAUUCGACGAGUGAUAGUUCAUAGGAUUCUAAUCUUCAGCGAGUUGUGCUGAUCUUCAGGAUGAACCUUGUUUACUAUUUCCUUUCUUUAUGUAAUCUCAGAUGACAAUGUCAUAGAACACUGCACAUGUUUCUUCAACAGAAAAUCAGAUAACUUCUUAUGGGUUUCAGAAAUUCUUAGUGUGUGUAUACACAAGCAUUUGAUCCA